UUUUUUUUUCUUCGUCACCAGCACCACCAUCAUCUUCAUCCUCGUCCUCUUCCUCAGCUUCUCCUUCGGGGCCAGGAAGAGUUGCGGAUUUCCCCGGAGGGGUAGCUGCAAAGCAGCCAGGAAAGCGGAUGGGAGCCGGUCAGAUUUAACCGCAGGAGUCUCUUCCCGUCCUGAGAGGAGAAGGAACUGGACCCAGUAGGCAGGCUGGGGGGGACAUUCCGGCCAAGGGGAGGCUGUCGGAGGAAAAUGCAGGUGUAAGUAAACAUCCCCCCAAGUUGUAUUCAUAUAUCUAUAUAUAUAAUUGAAAUCCCUCUAAGAAGACGCCACAGGAAAAAAGACAGCGAGGGAAGCUCACCUCUUGGAGACGGGAGGGGGUCCCUCUUUUCAGGGGGGACCCUGCUCCUCUUUCUUGUCUUGCUUCGCCUAUUCAGCCCCAACCUCCCGGGCCGCAUGAGUGCCGAGGGAGGCCCUGAUCCUGCUGCCUCCAGGGGGCUCGGGGGCCUCUGCAGCUCUUCUCCGAUGGCCACCAGCCUCUGUUAAGACGUUCUUCUCUGCAGCGCAGAUCCAGGGACCGGAUCGGGGCGCGGGGCUCCCGGGGCCCCGGCGAUGAGUCUGGUAGGGGGCUUCCCGCACCACCCCGUGGUCCACCAUGAGGGCUACCCCUUCGCCGCUGCCGCAGCAGCCGCCGCCGCCGCCAGCCGCUGCGGCCACGAGGAGAACCCCUACUUCCACGGCUGGCUGAUCAGCAGUCACCCUUCGGAGAUGUCUCCUCCCGACUACGGCAUGGCGCUCUCCUACAGCCCCGAGUACGCCAACGGCGCGCCGGGCCUGGAGCCCCCCGCGCACUACGUGGGCGGCGUGCCCCCCCCGGGCAGCGGCGGCGGGCCGCCGGGUUUAGGGGGCGGCCCGCGGCCGGUCAAGCGGCGCGGCACGGCCAACCGCAAGGAGAGGCGCAGGACUCAGAGCAUCAACAGCGCCUUCGCCGAGCUGCGCGAGUGCAUCCCCAACGUGCCCGCCGACACCAAGCUGUCCAAGAUCAAGACGCUGCGCCUCGCCACCAGCUACAUCGCCUACCUCAUGGACCUCCUGGCCAAGGACGACGCCAACGGAGAGGCCGAGGCCUUUAAGGCCGAGAUCAAGAAGACCGACGUCAAGGAGGACAAGAGGAAGAAGGAGCUGAACGAGAUCCUGAAAAGUACAGUGAGCAGCAACGACAAGAAGACGAAAGGCAGGACGGGCUGGCCGCAGCACGUGUGGGCUCUGGAGCUCAAGCAAUGAGGCGCUCGCAGGACUGCAGGGAAGACUCUCUCGUCUUGCAGGGGGACUCUCUGCGCCUUCGAGAGAGCCGCUGCCGAGCUGAGGACUUGUUGUUGUUGUUGUUGUUUUGGAAUCGUCUGGUUUAUUUAUGUGCAAUUUCCCUCCCCUAGUCUCGCCUUUAAAAAAAAAACCCAAGAAGAAACCCGCGGAUCUUGGAAGAAAAGCAUUCCAUAUUUGAAUAUAUGAAGAAGAAAACUCCGGCGUGGUAAGGGGGAUAAUGGCGUCUCCAUAGUUGUUCUUUUUUCCCCCUCCUUCCUCCUCUCUCCCCUUCAUUGAAUGUUAUUUUUGCUUUAUUUGUAUAGAACACACGGGACAAAAAGAAAGAAAGAAAUAUCGCAGGCAUUAGUGUGUCAUGUGAAGUGUAUGUGUUUAAUACUUGCCCCGUUGGGUCAACAUGUUGAUGGCGAUCUCAGAGCAGGAGCCCGCAAUGUCUGCGUCUUGGGCCGAGUCCGGGGCUUCCCAGGUUUGCCCUUUCCCCCCAUUGUGGUCGCUCAAAGAGCUGGGAAAGAUUUUGCGACAGCUCUUUUGUCCAAGUGCACUUCGGUCCUUAAGGAAGCGAACCGAACGUUAAAAAUUAAAAUAAAAGUAAAAACGAAUCGUCCGUGGAGCUGAAUUUAAUAACGCAAAGGUGUAAACGCUGUACGUAUUCAAUAAACCACUGUGUGUGUGUUUUCUAAAACGAAAAUGUUCGAUGCCUUGAAAUGUUUUUUAACCCCUUUCCUUCCUGAGUUUUGCUAUUGUCAUCCUGGACAUUUGCUUCCAAACGUUAGCUAGACAAUAGCUAACGUUUGGAAGUAAAUGGCCAGUAUGACAUAUCAAGGUGAGAUCCUAUGGGCUGGUGUUGUCUCUGCGAAAGCCUCGUUGGAAGCGGUGACACUUACUUCCGAGUAAACGCGUGGCAUGGGGUUGCAAGUUUAUGCCUUUUGUUUUGACCCCGGUGAAAGGGUAAAAGAGAAAUAUCAAAGGCGGGAGAUGUUUUUUUCGAGACUUUGGCUGCGAUCCUGACCAAGUUUCCGCGGAAGUAAAUUCCACCCGUGCUCAGGGGGCAGGGAAGCAUUUACACUGGGCCAAAUUCUAUUUCUCAGUUUGAUAUUUUUAUAGUACUUCAUAUGGGCCGUAGUAGAGCACUAGAUCAAGUCGGAAACAAAUUUUGCUUUGUUUUCUCUGAGACAGAGAGGUUGUUUAGUUUUACUGAAGCUGUAAUAAUUUAGUGAUUUCUAAAGGUGUUUGCUUGCGAAUGGGGGAGGAUACUGCAGACGAGAGCUAAUCUGGAUAUUUAUUUCUUGCUUAUCGGAGCGAGCUGUUUUUCUCGGCGUGUUGUGUUCAGAGGUGGCAACCGGCAGGGCGUUGUAGGGAGAGGUUUGUGCUGUGGAAGCGCCCUCGUGCUUUGGCUGGGGCCAGGCCAAAGAUGGUGUAGGAAGCCUCGGUAUACCGUAUAAGUGAUUAUGUAACUUGGAGCUUUAUGUCAAGUAUGAAACAGGGAGCAAGGCUAGGGAUUUCGGAAAGGGGAGAAAUGCAAGAUUUACAGUGAGAUACGGUGACCUGAAUAUUAACUUUGUGGUUCCCCAAAACUCUCCUGGGUUGCACUUUUCCUUCCAAUUGACUGCAGCGAGUCCAUUUAUUUAGUUUUGUGAGUGUGUAUGUGUGUGUAAUCCUACUCUGGCAAGGGCUUCCGAAUUGGGCUCUGUAAUGUCCUUAAGGGGAGCGAGGAAGAGAAUAAAAUGGGCUUGUGCUACCGAAAAUUCUCUGGGAUGGAAACGCCACCAGGCCGGGCAAACAGACUCCCCUGCCUUGAAGCUCCUUGAAACUGACCAGCGCUAGAAACCGCCUAGAUAAGGCGACGCUGCCUUCUAACAACAACCCGAAGAAACGCUGGUGUCACGAAAUAGAAAAGCCCCGCCAUUCUCGUCCCUUUUUAAAGGACCUCGCUCCCUCUUCGCAACAGCAUUGCCCAAAAUUUCCCAAUACUGCUGCUCAGUCCUGAGUUUUCUUUUCAGCCUUUUCUUGACCGGCCUGAAAACAUAAGCGGCGCUAACGGAGUUUAGGUUGAGGACUUAGGAACCGAAUGGCGUCCGUCGUUUUGCGUGGGGUUUAAGCUUGUCCCCUGAGGAAGCUUGCUUGGGUCUUAAUCGGCCUUUCAAGGUUAAGCGAGAGGAUUUUUCAUUCUUUCUCCCGAGCUCACUUUUAUAGAUCUGUAGCCGCCGGGCUCCCGGCGUGAAUGGAACAAGACAUCCGCGCAGGCUAGCUGGCUCUGCCCCAGAUGUCUCUGAUGUGCGUGGCUGUUAUUUUUUGUAACCGCCCCCCUUUUUUUAUUAAAAAAAAUGGCUCGCCCUGGCAGUGCUCUGACGAUGAGAGAAGGUAGAUUUCCAGCUGCCCAUAAAAAGAUAAGCAGGGGCCUUUUACACUGCUGGCUAGGCCGCCUUAACAACAGGAAGGUUGCGAGGUUACAACAACGAGGCCAGCGUGGUGUGCCCUCUUCCAGUCCCGGGGUCAGGUAGCUGGGGCUGGGAAGAGCUGUGUUUACAGACACUUGCCUGGGAAGGAACCUUCCCUCUCCCCCCACCCCAACCCCACAUCACACUUUUAUUUUAAAAAAAAUGUUAACUCCAGCUGCUGUUGUAGCUGGAUCCAAUCUCUCCUUUCCAACCCAGUACGAUUUCUCCUAGAUCUUGCUCAACGCUAUCCAAAGUUCUGGAUAGAAAAGAGAACAGGUUCCAGGAUCGCGCAAGCUUCCCACUCCCAGACGCGUGUUUGUAGAUUUCUGGCCCAGAAUAUCGACUGACAAGUCUUUCUAUGGUUAUGUUUGCACUGUUACAUCCACUCAAUGCUUUGAACUAGGAUUUUAGAAGAAGCGGGUCUACCGCUAUGUCCCGAGGCUGCAGCGAGUGCUUGGGGUUUAUUCUUCACCACCUCCUCUUCUUUUAGGAUUCCCCCCAAUUUAAUGAAUAAAUUAUUCUUCAUUCAAAUGUCUCAACCCUUCCUUCCCAAGCAGCAGCACCAGCAGAAAAGGAAAACCUGCACUUGAUUGUUUGCAGUAGAGAGCAUACUUGAGCGAUCUAGGCUUUCCCUCACACACGUGUACGCACGAGCUCACACGGUUACCAGUGCCACUCUUCCUGGGGAAUAAGGCCCGUCCUAUUGGCGAAAGAGUCGAUCAUCCAGUCGCUUAGGUGGUAUUAUGGAGAGAGAGACUAUGUUAACUUCGUGUGAACAUGUUUAUGCAUUGCUUUAAAGCUCCCCACCCCCGUAGAAUCGAAAGAUGCUACAGAAUCGUCAGGAUCCCAUCCAAAGUCAAGAGCUUUGAGACUGCGAUCCUACCCACGCCUACUUGAGAAACUGAAAUUCGCGGAGCUGACUUCCAAGUAAUCAUAGAUACUAGCUCGGUUGCACCAUUUUCAACCCCUGGUGCUAGAAAUAAGAGUCCAGCACGAGUAUAAUAACAGUGUCUGCCGGGCCAGGCCUUAAAUUUGUGUACAGGUCGCUAGUGAUCUAAGCUCUCAUACAUAAAAGCCUCCGCCCGCCCCCC